AUGGCCAUGGCGUCGCGCUCCGGCAAGCGCGUCCGCACCGAGAGCGACGGCAACGGCGGUGAGGAGGGCGAGCCCGUGGCGGUCGCUGCCGGCUUCGAGGCGCCCAUCUUUGGCGCGCGCACCGUCGGCCAGGUCACCACGCUGGAGCUCGAGGGCGAGGACGGACCUCUGGCGUCCCUCAGCCUGCGCGGCGUGGCAAGCGAUCACGCGGGUGCCUGGUACGUCGCGGCUGAGGACUCGUUCCUGCACGUCUCGGCGACCGGGCGCCUGGCGCAGAUGUACCAGGUGCCGCGCCUCGAGCUGCUCUGCGCGCAGGCGCUGCAGGAGAGCGUCGGGCCGGAGACCGCCGUGCCGCUGCUCGAGGCGGCGCACACGACGGGCGACGGGCGGCUCCUCGCGCAGUGCCGCCGCUUCGUGGCCGACCACGCCGCCGAGGUGCGCGCGAGCGGCGGCGUGGAGCAGCUGCGCGACCUCGGCGUGGCCAAGGGGCUGCUCGGCGACGCGCUCGACCAGGCCGAUCAGCUGGUUGCCGCGGGCGGCAAGCGCGGCGGAGCCGUGCCGGCCGUGUGGGCGCCUCCGUCGUACGGCUGGGCCAUCCUCUCCAACUGGCUCUACUUUCUCUCCCUCGGCCUCAACGCCGUGAACGUGCAGUACCUCGUGCGGCUGAUAGUGAACGCCGACGGCAGCACCGCGCCGAGCCCUGCGGCGAUCGCGCUGAGCGGGCGGGUGGAGACGGUGGACAAGCUGCUCACCUUCCUCGGCGUCGGCCUCCUCUCCGCCCUCUCCGACGUCCGUGGCCGCAAGCCGCUGAUGGCAUGGUCCGCUCUCGGCUUCGCCGCGACCAACCUGCUGCAGGCGUCCGCCGGUGCCGGAUCCAUCGGCCGGCUCUACCUCGCGGACCUCAUCGACGGGUGCUCGUCCUGCAUGACGCCAAUCUGCCAGGCGUACGUCGCGGACUGCUCGCCCGCCUCGCGGCGCGCGCAGAACCUCGGCGUCUCCCGCGCCGGUCGUGUGGACGACACGAAGAGAAGCCGACUCGAGAAAGAAGGCGUGCUCGGAGCAAAGUUGGGCCCGCGCGCGCCGCUCCGGAUCGCCGCCGCGCUGCAAGUCGUCAACGCCGCCCUCAUCGCGCUGCUCGUGGACCUGAGGGAGGCCAACCCGAUCGGUGCCCUCCGCCGCCUCUUCGGGCGAGCCGGGCUGCUGCGGAGCGCCGCGCUGGCAUACGGUUUCGUCUCCCUCGCGCGCAAUGCGCUCGACGCGCAGUUCGUCAACUACGCCAGCGUGCGGUUUGGCUGGUCGCAGCAGCAGACGGGCCCGAUCAUGGUGGUGGUGGGCCUCAUGCUCGCCGUCGCGCCGAGGCUGCUCGUGCCGCGCCUCGGCCCGCGACGCGCCGUCCUGCUGCCGCGCCUGUGCCUUCAGCGCGCCGUCCUCUACGGGCUCGCUGUCUUCGCGGCCGGUCUCGGCGGCGCGGGCGCCUCCCCCUCGCCCACAGGCUUCCUCGCCUCCAUCGUCGUUGUCUCGGUCGGCUGUGUCUGCAUCCCCGCCCUCCAGGCCCUCCUCACCAACAUCGCGCCGCCCGGCGAGCGAGGUGCACUCCUCGGCGCACUCGGCGCCCUCACCGAGCUCACCGGCGCCAUCGGCUCGACGCUGUACGCCGCUGUCCUCGCCGCCUUCACCGCCGAGGCGCCGCCGCUGCCGCUGCCCGGGAUGCACUUCUUCGUCGGCGCGGCGAUGCUGGUGGCCGCGUGGGCGCUCGCGGCGCGCGGCUUCGCCACACACGCGGCCGAGGCGCGCGCCGCCGCGGCGGCGGGGCCGGCCGGGGCCGCGGACGAGUAGUUGCGCCGCGGCGUGUGUGUCCUCACUAUUUGUGCGAGGGCGGAGCGGAGGCGCGACGGGGCGUUCGGCUUCUCGUGGGGGCUCUGGGGCUCUGGUGCCGGCGUCACUACUCCGGCGUCACAUGGUGAGCGUGGAAGCUCUACCUCUGCUGACUGCGCACUGUCACACAAGAGCACAGCGUACUUGUGCCGCAAUAAAACCACCCCCGCCUC